AAAACUAUCACUUGUAUCACGUCGGAUGGCGCAUUUGAAUACCGUACCUUCAUUACUGUCAAAAGACAUGCAUUUUUCGAAGAAAUUAUAAAAGUUCUAAAUUUUAUCAAAAAUACCUCAAUCUUGUACGUCAAAUUGUGAAAACUGUUGAACUCACUUAUAUCCCAAGGACAAGUAGAACAUUUAGGGUAUGUAGAAAUCGGUAGUGAAAACUUCGCGUAUUAAAACUUAAGGCAAAUGAAAAAACAUGAACAUCAGAUGAACCACAACCGAAGUGUAUAUGAAUUUUUGUUUUCGUGAUUUCUGGGUUGGUCCCAUAGUAAAACUUGCUGAAUAUGAUCUAUAUUAUAUUAUUUACAUCGUUAAAAAUUGCAAAAUUUUAAACACCUGUAUACAAUGUAUAAAACAUUCAGAAGCAAAUGAAUGUUUGGUGUCCUUCUAUAUGUGCAAACUGUCGCACAUUUUACGAAUCUUCUCACAUACUACAUUUUACGAAUCUUUGUACAAUUGUGCGUGGUUCGGGGCUUUGGGUAGCAUAUUAUCAACGAAAAAAUAUUUAUUUGCAAAAAAAGAGGUAAUUAUGCUUUGAGUAUUUACUAAGUAUACUAUUUACCUUGCAAUAAUAAUACAUCAUGGUAGAUGGCAACCUAGUCCGUUCUGAAUAUGGGAUUCAAGAACAUAUUUUAAAGGGCGAUCGUUGUAGAACUAAAAAUAAUAAUACUUUUCGAUUAAAUAUAACAAAUUUAUCUUUUACUUUAUUUUUGUUCUAUUAUUUUGUUAUAUAUUUGUUCCUGAUGUUAAAAUUUUCUCGUGUGAUUAGAAAUAUUCAAAGAUAAAUAUUUAAAUCUAUGACACAUUUUGAACGCAUUCAUGGAAUUCCCACCUCCAUUAUUGAAUGACCAAAGCCGUUAUUUUUCAAGGUUUCGUACGGUUGUUUGAGAACUGGGAGUGGAGUUGUUUUUCUAAUUAAAAAUAUUGAAAUAAGAUUUACUUUCUCUUGAAAUGUGAUAUCUUUUUAUGGUUUAAUUAUUUUUGUUGUUUAAUGUUCAGUGUAGUGUUUUCUAAACCAAAAUGAGUUCAGCAAAUUCGGAUGUUGAGCAAAGGCUGGCUCUCUCGAUGGUCGCACAAUUUGAUGAUUUAAAUCGACUGAACAACGUUCUCAACGACGAAUAUUCGGAGCAAUGUUUCCUAGCAUUUGUGAAGCAGAUGGAAUGGGUGCGCAGCCAAUGGGCCUCGGCGGAGGCAGAGGCUGCUCGGCUACAGACAGAAUUGAUGGAGGCCCACCAGACUCUAUCCAAGUGGGAGGCGAAGUUUGCACAUGUUCGGAAACUUCUGGAUGGGGAAAAGAGGGAGAGGAACAUUGUUAUGAAGAAGUACAGUGAACUGAGUAAGCUAUUAGACACGGCUCGGGAUCUGCUCUUCAACGAUAACCGAGCGAAGCUAAAUGAUGAGACACUGCAAAAGCUUGCUUUCCUCAAUGGAACAGCUCAUCAGGAGCAUAAUGCCAGACUCACCGGUGUGCCAGAGCUAAACUCUACUGGCACACUCCUCUCAGAAAUGUCCUAUUCUCGCUCUGAGGAAGACCUGGACCUAUCAAUAGCGUCAACCCGCCGCUCGUGGGUGCAGCGGGGAGGCUGGGCUGCCCGAGAUGCGCCCGCUGGCAAGAAGAGAAGAUCGUCCACCAGUUCUGCUACCAAGACGGUGGAGCUGCAGGGCGGCAAGGUGCUGGCCACCGCAACCACGACUCUGACGUUAGAGCGCGCUGCCACCAACCACGAUAUAAAGCCGCCCAAGAACUUCCAACCUAUAUCAGAAAGCAGCGACGAAGCGCCUCCGCAAUCGGCCAGCAAGACCUCGGCUCGUCUGUCCGCUAAACGAAUGAAGGAAGAGCAUGCGACACCGUCCGCGCCUCCGAGGACUACUGACACGGACACGGGAUCAGACACCCCGAUGCGCACGGUGCAGCGCACGCCCUCGGCCGUGUCGGCGGCGUACGGCGGCUCGCCGCGCGCGCGGCCGCGCCAGCACAACUUCGUGGCCAAGAACUUCUACAAGCGCGAGAAUUGCGGGCCCUGCGGCAAGACCAUAAAGUUCGCGAAAGUGGGCAUCAAGUGCGAGACGUGCCGCGCGCAGGCGCACCCCGAGUGCCGCGCGCUGCUGCCGCUGCCCUGCGUGCCGCCCGGCGCCGGCGCCGCCGCCAGGCGGAACAAUGCCGCGGAGGGCUGUAUCUCUGACUUCGCUCCGAGCACGCCGCCCAUGGUGCCGGCGCUGCUGGUGCACUGCAUCAACGAGGUGGAGAAGCGGGGGCUGGCGGAGAGGGGCCUGUACAGGAUCAGCGCCGUGGAGAAGGACGUCAAGCGGCUCAAGGAGCGUUUCCUCCGCGGAUGCGGCUCGCCACAACUGUCCAACGAGGACGUCCACGUGCUGUGUGGCUGUAUUAAAGACUUCCUUCGCUCGCUGCGGGAACCUCUCGUCUCCAACGCUCUAUGGGCUGAUUUUAUGGAAGCAGCUCGAUUAGGAGAGCCGACGGACGCGGCGGCGGCCGUGGUGCAGGCCGUGAGCCAGCUGCCGCCGCCCAACCGCGACACCCUCGCCUUCCUGGUGCUGCACCUGCACAAGGUGGCAGAGAGCCCGGAGUGUGAGAUGGGCAUAGAUAACCUGGCUAAAAUCUUCGGGCCCACCGUCGUCGGCUACGGCAUGAUGAAGGAAGCUGCUGAAAUGUACAGUGCUACUGCGCAGAUGGUCAAUGUGAUGCAGCUGCUGCUGCGGCUGCCGGCGGACUACUGGGCGCAGUGGGCCUGCCCGCUCGGCGCGGGCUCGCCGCCGGCCGCGCCCCGGCCGCGCGGCUUCUUCUUCUCGCCCGCCGACACCGGGUGA